UUAAUACUGCGUCAAGGGAACCUCACUAUUUUUGUUACAAAAAAAGAAACUUUAAAUGUAUGGAUAGUAUUUUUAGCUAUUUGUUAAGUUCAAAGUUUUAGAAUGCGGAAGAUGUUUUAUUUUUAGCAGUAUAUCGACAGAAAGUAGGUAAAAUAAUGGGGAACACAUCGAGCAGAAAGAAGAAGCACAAGAAGAAAAAGACAGAAAGAAUAAAUAAUGGAGACGAAUCUGACAAAAAUGACCAAACAGAAGAAGAUAUGAUGCCACAUAAUGUUCAUAAUCAAUUUGGUGAUGGUAAAGCUGGUAUCCAAACGGAUAACGUUAAACCACAGGACUUCACGGUCGAAGUUUGUGUAGAGAGACAACCAAAAGAGGACAGUGAUUCCAUGCCAUCCAUAAAAACUGUGAAGGAUGAAAAAGAUGAAAAGACAACGAUAAAGAGCAAGAAACACUUAAAGCUAAUGGUUGCUGCGAUUGACUUUGGAACCACCUUCUCGGGAUUUGCACACUGUAUGCGAGCUGAUAUGACAAAAAUAUAUUGCCACGAUUGGAAAUCGACAUAUGGAAUUACAAAUAAGGCACCAACGUCCGUAUUAUUCAAACCAGACAUGACUUUCGACAGUUUUGGAUAUGAAGCAGAAAAAAAAUAUUAUGAACCAGAAGAGUAUGGGGAUCUUAGUAAAUGGUAUUUUUUCAAAAACUUCAAGAUGAUUCUUUACGAAUACAAGAAACAAUUGAAUGUUGAAACAGAGAUUGAUGACAUGGUUCCUGGACCCCAAAAGACAAAAAUGAAGGCAAUUGAUGUAUUUUCUGCUAUUAUUAAAUACUUUACGAAACUACUGCUUGAGAAAUCACAAAAAAGUUAUAUAGAUCUAACAGAAAAUGAUAUACUCUGGGUUAUAACAGUACCAGGAAUAUGGGAUCUAAAGGCAAAACAAUUCAUGAGAGAAUCUGCUAUUCAGGCAGGAAUUCCUUCUGACCAGUUAAUAUUAGCGUUAGAACCAGAAGCAGCAUCUUUAUAUUGCAGAAAAAUGCCAAUAUUUGUAGAAGAAAAACAGGAUGGUGACAAAACGAUUUCACAACUACCAAUUGGAUCGAAAUAUAUUGUUCUUGACCAAGGAGGUGGAACAAUUGACAUUACAGUUCAUGAAGUCAUGGCAGAAGGGAAUCUGAAGGAAAUACAUCAAGCUUGUGGAGGAGUUUGGGGUUCAAACACAAUCAAUAAAGAAUUUAAAAACUUCUUAUAUCAGGUUUUUGGGGAUGAUGUAAUGUCGACAUUUCGAACAAACAACCCUGACGAUUAUUUUGAAAUUAUGAAUGAAUUCGAACUGAAGAAAAUAAGUUAUACUGGAGAAAGAGAAAGCGAGCGAAUGAAAAUCUCGUAUUCUUUAAUUGAAUGUUACAAUGAACUUAAAGGGGUGGAAAUUAAUAAAUCUCUAGGAGAAACAAAGUUUGAGGGCAAAGUUCGUUUUGGCAAAGAUAAAGCUUUUCUCCAAAAAGAAUUCUUUCAAUCGUUUUUUGACAAAUCAGUUGCGGCUAUUGUCGAUUAUUUGGGAAACCUUCUUAGAAAGAAGUCAAUAAAUACUGAAGACAACCCAAUCAAAACUAUUUUAGCAGUAGGAGGGUUUUCAAAAUCCCAAGUUCUAAUAGACGAAAUUAAGUCAACAUUUCCUGAUCUUGCAAUCGUUGUACCUGCAGAUGCCGAUUUGGCCGUACUAAAAGGAGCAAUAAUAUAUGCCUUUGAACCAGAAUCUGUUACUUGCCGUGUUUCCCAAUAUACAUAUGGAGUUCCAAACUUUACACCUUAUGAUGCAAGAAUUCAUAAAGAUAGACGAAUAUCUAGAAUAGGUCCUCAAAGAAAACCAAUGAUUGACGAUGCAUUUGAUAAACAUAUUGAAAUAGGACAGAUUUUAGAAAUUGGACAAUUUCAACAAGAGCAUGAAUAUUAUCCUACUACCGAGGAACAUAAAUCAAUCGUUCUGGACUUUUAUGCAUCAGAAGAAAAGAAUCCUAAAUUUACUGACGAAGAAACUUGCUAUUGUUUAGGAAUUCUUCAUUUUGAUAUAACACGUCGAGCUAGAAUAUUUGUUAAACUUAAUGCAAGUGGUACCGAACUAAUUGCUGUUGCAAGAGUUGAAGGUGAAAAUCAAGAAAUUCAAGGCUACUAUAGUCUUAUAUAAAUAAAGAAUUUGUUUAUUUGUGCAGAA